AUGGAAGGCGAGGACAACACUGCAGCCACAUGCAAACCAGCUAGCUGCGAGGGGCAGGAGGGCCCCUGCCAGGACACAUCAACCGGCCACACGCGCUCCGAGAUGCCAUCAGCUCCGACCGAUCCAUAUGGCACCACCAGCCGUUUGGAGGAGCUGGUCCAGGAAAUGGUUGAAUUGGACGCCUUCCGGCACAACUACCCGGGCACCCUCAGUUACACGUAUGAGAUGCUCAUAAAUGAGAUCGAUGCCGUCUGGAGCCACAUUUUGGCUCGCGCCUAUCGAAGCGGCGUUGUGGCGUACAACCAACGCCCUGAGCAGCCAACUGGGGGACGCCGAGUUGUUAUGCAGGAGAUGGUAUUAAUCCCGGAACGUCCAAACACCAAAUUCAUCGGACGCAUCAUUGGGCCGCGCGGCAGCACCGUUAAGCAGCUGGAAAUACAGACCGGCUGCCGCAUUGUGAUCCGUGGCAGGGGCUCAGUCAAGGAUCCACGCCGGGAAGCGUAUCUUCGCAACCGUGCUGGCUGGGAGCACUUGUGGGGGCCGCUGCACGUGCUUAUUACAGCAGCGGAUUACUCGGAAGAGCGGUGCCUAAGAAAGCUGACUGACGGAGUGUUCUGCAUCAAUGCUCUGCUAAGCACUGAUAACGACGAGCUCAAGCGCCGUCAGCUUAUCCAGUUGGCUAUCAUGAACGGCACCUACCGCCCUCCACGGAUGUCGUAG